ACCAUCAAAUCGGAAGUGGAGUUAUGGUCGAGGGAAAGAAAUAAGAAAGUUUCUCGUUACUCCAUAGUAAAAUUUGUUCCAUCAUUGGCUGGCCAAAUAAAAUCAAAAAUUGGGUCAUCGCAGGCCUACAUAUCCAUUAUGAUCCGAGAUCUAGUGCCAAUCACGCGGUCCGUUUUUAUGAUGAUUGAUUUCACGGGAAAGAAUAACGGAAAAGUGUCGUCAAGUAUUUUUAGCUACACACAUUGCAUACUGGAGAUCAGUGCAUUGCUUCGAGCGAAAAAAGUAUACCGUGGUUUGGAUAUGGCGCCCUCUAACGUCUUAAUAUCAGUAUGCCAUUGAGGGCGCUACACUGAACAACAAACAUUUUGCUGUCGGCCGUCUGAUCUGAGACCAGGUAAAAUUUGACUAAAGAAAUAGUGAUUUUAAACCACUUCUGCAUGGUCCUGAGUAAUUGUAAUACUUGGAUUCGACCCUUAGGAGUAUUGUGGAUCGAAUUUGAACAAUCUGACGUGUUGUCACUGCGGUCUGAGUGAUUAAAUCGUCGUCUUAAAUAAAUCUUUCCGCGUUAAUAAUAUUCACACGAGAGAUUUGCCUCAGCAAAGCAAAACAUUGAAUAUUGCGUAAGCCUAGGCUAGCCCUAGUUAGUUCUCGCUCGGUCACUUUCAAGUUAAUUCAGAACAGAGUGAAGGCGGAAACAGCCGAAAGUGAGCGUUUUCAAGUCCUUAGACCGCACCAGGGGUCAGGGAACUUUGAGAUCGCCAGGUUUUCCUGAUUGAUAUUUAUGGCAAGUUUGCUCGAUUUGCCUGACGAAGUCCUGUUGGUCAUUUUGGAACAUCUGAGCAUUGCGGACAUCGGACAGACAGCCCAGGUGUGUAGGAGACUCAGCGAUCUGAUUGGACAGGAUGCUGUGUGGCGACCAAUCAGCAAGCACCUUAUCAAUAUUCACGAGGAUGAGGAUGAAACAAAGAACUGUAACUACUACAAAACUGGCAGUCCUAGAUAUGUCAGCUUGAAGGACAAAUGCCGUAUCUCACUCAACUGGUCUAGAGGACAGAAGACAGAUAUCCUUCUGUGUAAAUUCAAAACUAGGUAUCUGCCAUGGCUACAGCUGGACGGUCAGCAUCUCUACUCCAGCCAGGGGGACAAAGUCCACUGCUACCGGCUGACCGAUCAGGGCCGCAUCUUCAAGAAACCCCUGGUGUCUUUCCUGGGCCAGUUAGGUGACGUGUCUCGCUUCGUCGUCAGGAAGGACAAACUCCUCAUGAGCGGCUGUGAUGGCAAAAUGCUGCUGCACCACAAGCUCACCGGCGCCCUGCUAGGCUGUUACCAGCCGGAGCACCACCUGCCCAGCUUUGUCAACUUCACCUCGGUUGAUAUGACAGACGACGUCAUUAUCGGCGGCCUCAACGAUCAGUGCAUCCAUCUCUGGAGUUUGCACAGCCAACAGAGGGCGCUUACCAUCCCUGUGCUGGAUAGAGUCUGGUCUGUGAACGCAAGCCCUUGCCAGAGGUCAUUUGCGACGGGCAAUGCAGGAACAGCAGACCACCAACCAUUGAAAAUCUGGGAUAUUGAAAACGGCAAGCACAUUCUGUCAGUUGGUCGUAACUGGAGACACGGAGCCGGUAUACUGGACAUGCAGUACGAGUCCCAAAACACCUUACUGUCCUGCGGGUACGAUACCACAGUACGCAUGUGGGAUCUCCGGACAAACUGCCUGUCCCCUGUCAUCAAGCUAGAAGAUCCCCACGACUACACGGUGUAUCGUCUGCAGUCCGAUGGCAAGUUCCUGAUAGCCAGCGGCACGGCACUGUGGAGUGUGGCCAGACUAUGGGACAAGCGCAUGAACAGCGAACUGCAGAGUUUCUUCGUCGAUCACAGAAGGAACAGUCCGGUCUACGGCCUGCAGUUCAACGGCAGCCACAUGUACGUCGCUCUCAACAAUUCACUCAGGGCUCUCAGCUUUACCGGUAACUGAAAACGUGUGCAUAAUCUUGCCUACAGUUUGUUGCUUUGUACUGUCACUUGACCGCAUCAUUAUUUUCUUUUGUGAAGAAACACUCAGGAAUAGUGUAACAAUAAGCCAGCACGCUACAUCAACUUGCACCAUUGAGCUGCAUUGUAUAUUAACUUACUAGAGCGUUAACUUGCUGUAUAAAGUGAAGCCUGCUGGGUGCAUCCAUGUUUAUGCACAAACCCUAGGAAAACUCCAAAUUUAGUACGAUUUUUGUACGGCUAUUUACAUAUCUGCAUUUGUGUUCUAUACCGGUGCGUCAUCGAAGCUGAUACUCCCAAACCGAAACGCACAACCAGCAAAUGAGCGUUUCAUUUUGCUCUGCGCAAACAACGUAAACGCGUGCGCGUAUGUGCUGCAGAUGAUUUUUGCCGUCAUACUCGUAGAAAAACGCGCUUACGUUGUUUGUGUAUGUUGUACUUGCACGUUGCAUUUCGAGUAUAUCAAUCGAAAUUCAUUCCUGUUCUACAAACUCGCCCAUGAAUUCAAAAUGUUUGCGCUCAGGACAGCUUCAAAGUAUCUCGGCGGGGAAUGAGAAGUUAGCGCUCUAGUAAUUUAAUAUAGCUCUAUGGUUUGCACCCAGAAAGAUUGGACAGUUUUUACAUUCUGAUAAACAAUUCCCCUGUGU